AUGGAGGAGUUGGUAGAGGAUGACAUCUGUAUUUUGAACCAUGAAAAAGCAGACAACGUUCAUAAAAGAGACGGGGAGAUUCCUGUUUCAUCUUACAGUGGAGAUGAGUCUGUUGCCUCACACUUCGCACUUGUCACUGCAUAUGAAGAUAUCAAGAAACGACUAAAGGAGACGGAGAAGGAGAACUCCUUCUUAAAAAAAAGAGUGAGAAUUCUAGAAGAGAAGCUGCUUGGCUCCCGAUUGGAAGAGGAAUGCAGUUCAGUUGGACGUGAACAAGUGAAUAAGGCAUAUCAAGCCUAUCGAGAGGCCUGCAUUGACCGAGAUAAUCUAAAAAACAAACUGGAUAAAAUGAAGAAAGAAAGUAUGGAAUCCCUGAAAACCUUGAAUGAACAGCUGCAGUCGAAAGAAGUAGAGCUGUUACAACUAAGAACUGAAGUGGAAACUCAACAAGUGAUGAAAAAUCUGCAUUGUACUCAGUCCAGCUGGGAAAUAGAGAAGCUGAACAGUGACCUGAAAGUGCACAGUCUGGAACAGAAUCUAGAAAAGCUCAAGCAAGAGUGCAAUAGUCUCAGAAAGGAGUUGCAAAAAUCCAAGGAGAAGGACCAAGCUCAAGACAAAAAUCCAUUAAAUGGAGACCUCCUUCAAAGGCAAGACAUCCAGAGUGUCCAACAAACAUAUUGGGAUCUGAAGAGAGAAAUGUCCAAUUUGCGUCUAGUGACUGACGUGCAAGCUGAGGUUCUACGAAAACUGAAAACAAACCCAACAGUGACCAAGAAAGGCAAGUCAGGGUUUGCAGUAACAGACCGUGCAAACACAAAACGUUGAUUCAAGCUGUACCAUUUUGAAAAGAAGCUAGCUAUCAUAUCUUAUCAGAAUCUCAUCAAUUGAAGCUGAUAAGCUAGACUAUAUUAUGGUUCCAGCCUACCCAUUUUCUGCUUUUGCUUCUGUCUCAUACUGGUCAACUUCACACAUAAAGGUGUUGCUGAUGUGUUUUUUCUUCAGUACUGUAUUCUGUUCCCCUUGUGGCUUUUUUCUCAGUCAAGUGUUGCUUAUGUGCACAAGGCUGAGGUGUUAAGUUUACUCGUAUUUGACCUUUUACCACAACUACUUCAUAUUGA